GGGCGGGAGAGGGGAGACAGAGCAAUUCCAGCUCAGUAUCCUUCCUCAUGAGGCAGGCAGUGCUUGACUAGCAGCAGCCCCAAUGCCUUUUUUUUCUCCCACUGAGCAAUAUUGGUGAUACUGUGCGUUGCUGCUGCAACAAUGUCUAACCUGUGUGAGUGGCACGUCAUAUCAGACCAGAGUUGAGAGAGAGGAAAAGGACAUCUGUGCCUGCUUUUUGUCAUCUGGAUGGGAAGUCUUUUUUGGGAGGAGAGACAGAAGAAAGCAGAAGGCAGCCGGGGAAGGGGAACAACUGGCAACAGCCAAUCCCCCCUUCCACAUAUAGACUGGAGACAACGGAGGCCACUGGAGUAUUUGCUUUUAUCUUUCGUUUUUUGUUCUUUUUUUUCCUCAUCGCGCUGCUGGGAGGUGCUUUACCUUUUCAUUUGCUUGCUCUCUCGGUCCUCUGUCUUCUCAUCUAUUUCGCCAUUUACCUGGUCAACAAUUUCUUCUAUUUAUGAGCCAGACAAGGAGGGAGAGAGAGAGAGGCAGAGAGACAGAGAAAAAGAGAAAGAGAAAGAGGAGGGGGAUUUUUUUUGCCCCCUUUUAUUCUCUUUUUUUUGUCAUUCAUUCUUCCUUUCCUCUCCAUUGCUAUCACUUCCAGCCUUUUCUAUCCCUGUGCAGCCCACGCUCCCUCCUCCCUUCACCGCCUCCCUCCUCCUCCUCCUCCUGCCUCCCCUCCACUCCACUUACUGUCCACCCGUAACUUUGGCUACUUUUUGACUCCACCAGUGUUUUUAAUUUCCUUACUUUAAAAACCUCUCAUAGAGACAUUUUAAUUGGCUUGCUUGUAUUUUCUAUUUAUGCCUUUUUCACUUUUGUACCUUUUCCUAUUUCCUAUUCCCCCCUUCUCUUUUUUCCUCCUACCAUCCUAUGCAUCUUUUUUGGGCGAUUCUUAAUUCUAACCAUAGGAGAUUUAACGCCUCUCCUCUUCAUUACCUGAAGAUAAUGGGAACUUUUGAGCAGCCGUCACCUUGAUAAAGGCACUCUGGAUAUAGCUGUUUUCCUGUGGAAUUACCCUUUAAAUCCUGGAUUUGAUCCCAAAAGAAAAAAAUAAUUUACAAUUAUUAAAACUGUCCUAAAUUCUGGACUCUUUUUUUUCCCACUUUUUUUUUGUAAUGGACUGAAGCUGAUUUCAAUAUUUCUUUUUCAACUAUUGAAUCUUAAUGGGAUUUCACUAACGCGGAUUAAAGACUUGAGCAGCAUCUUUGUCUAUUAGUUGAUGUAAUAGCCAUGAUUCUUACAAUUUCUCCAGCCGACAAAAUCCGACAGUUAGUUAAUAUUUCUUAAUGUUAAGGGUUAAAUAGACUGGCGGACGUCAGAAAAACAAGCGACGCCAAACAUCUCUUCGGAGGAGCGAAGGGGAGAACAGAAGUGAAGCUGCUCCUGUGGAGUACAAUUACCUCGAAAUUGCUGCUUUACCCUCUUGACCCGUCGAGGAUUUUACCUAAAACUGCUUUGAGCCUCCCUCAGUCUGAGGCUAUGAGAGGGAGAGAGGAGUCCCAGGCCGCACCAUCAUGCUACUUCUGAGACGCUGGGAUGAGACUUUGGCUGGCAAAACACAAGGUAUUACUCUCCCACUCCUCCACCAUGCCUGUCUGCGGCUGCCACAGCCUUUCCUCGCCCCGCGGCCACGCCGGGGCCUCCUCCUCCGCCCCCUCACUCGCCCAGGAGCAAGAGAGGCGAGUCCGACCCUCGCACCCGCCCCCGCCUCCAUCGCUCCACCGCCACACCAGCGCCUCCCACUGCCUCUCCCUUCUCCUCCUGCUGCUCUGCCUUCUCCACCUUCCCCCGGCCUGCCACUCAAGGAGAGAGAAGGGCGGGGGAGGCGGGGGAGGUGGGGGGGGAGGCGGUGGAGGAGGUGGCGGCCACGGGGGCAGCCACGGGGGCAGCCACGGUGGCAGCCACGGUGGCGGCCACUACAUGCCCAUCCCCCAGCCUCCUCCCCACCACAUGGCGUUGCCCAAUAUCCUGCGCGGCCUCAGCAUCGCCGUUGUCCUGGUGGGCAACUCCAGCGAGGUGGCGCUGGCUGGGGCUCGGGAAAAGGAGGACUUCCUCCACAUGGCGCCCAACGUGGAGGUGCUGACCAUGAAUGAGACAGACCCUAAAAGCAUCAUCAAGAGCAUCUGCGACCUAAUGACGGAGCACUGGCUGCAGGGCGUGGUGUUCGGGGACGACACCGACCAGGAGGCCAUCGCCCAGAUCCUGGACUUCAUCUCAGCCCAGACGCACAUCCCCAUCCUCGGAGUCCGCGGGGGCUCCUCCAUGAUCAUGGCUGCCAAGGAUGACGACUCCAUGUUCUUUCAAUUCGGCCCCUCCAUCGAGCAGCAGGCUUCGGUCAUGUUAAACAUCAUGGAGGAAUACGACUGGUACAUCUUCUCCAUCGUCACCACGUAUUACCCAGGUUACCAGGACUUUGUCACCAAGGUCCGGAGCACCAUCGAGAACAGUUUUGUGGGUUGGGAACUGGAGGAAGUUUUACUACUUGACAUGUCCGUAGAUGACGGAGAUUCAAAGAUCCAAAACCAGCUGAAGAAGCUCCAGAGCCCCGUCAUUCUUCUCUACUGCACAAAAGAAGAGGCCAACACCAUCUUUGAGGUGGCCCACUCUGUUGGGAUCACUGGCUACGGCUACACAUGGAUAGUGCCCUCGCUGGUAGCUGGAGAUACUAUUGUAGUGCCUGCAGAGUUCCCCACAGGUCUGCUGUCUGUGUCCUAUGACGAGUGGGACUACAACCUAGAGGCCCGCGUUCGCGACGGCGUGGCCAUCAUUACUAUGGCAACCUCAACCAUGAUGAUGGACCGCGGACCUCACACCCUGCUUAAGUCUGAGUGCCACGGAGCUCCUGACAAGAAGACCCCCAUCUCAGGCAAUCCCAACGAAGUGCUCAGGUACCUGAUGAAUGUGACGUUUGAGGGGCGUAAUCUGUCGUUCAGUGAGGACGGAUACCAGAUGCACCCCAAGCUGGUCAUCAUUCUGCUCAACAAGGAGAGACAGUGGGAAAGGGUUGGUAAAUGGGAGAAUGGUUCCCUGUCCAUGAAGUACCACGUGUGGCCUCGCUAUGAACUAUACGGAGGCGCCGCCACCAGGGAGGACGACCACCUGUCCAUCGUGACGUUGGAGGAGGCUCCGUUUGUCAUCGUGGAAGACGUGGAUCCGCUGAGCGGGACCUGCAUGAGGAACACUGUGCCCUGCCGGAAACAGAUCAAAACACUCAAUCAGACGAAGGAUUCGGGCAUCUACAUAAAGCGUUGCUGUAAGGGAUUCUGUAUUGACAUCCUGAAGAAGAUUGCCAAGCAGGUGAAGUUCACCUACGACCUCUACCUUGUCACAAACGGCAAACACGGCAAGAAGAUCAAUGGAACGUGGAACGGCAUGGUGGGAGAGGUGGUGUUAAAAAACGCCCACAUGGCCGUCGGCUCCUUGACCAUCAACGAGGAGAGGUCAGAGGUCAUCGACUUUUCCGUCCCCUUCAUUGAGACGGGUAUCAGCGUCAUGGUCUCUCGUAGCAACGGCACCGUUUCACCCUCGGCCUUCUUAGAGCCCUUCAGUGCGGAUGUGUGGGUGAUGAUGUUCGUGAUGCUGUUGCUGGUGUCAGCAAUAGCUGUGUUUAUAUUCGAGUACUUCAGCCCUGUGGGCUACAACCGCUGUCUGGCUGACGGCAGAGAGCCUCACGGUCCAUCCUUCACCAUCGGUAAGGCCAUCUGGCUGCUGUGGGGUCUGGUCUUUAACAACUCCGUCCCGGUGCAGAACCCCAAAGGCACCACCAGUAAGAUCAUGGUAUCAGUGUGGGCCUUCUUUGCUGUCAUCUUUUUGGCCUCCUACACUGCCAACCUGGCUGCUUUCAUGAUCCAGGAGGAAUAUGUGGACCAGGUCACUGGUCUCUCAGACAAAAAGUUCCAGAGUCCCAACGAUUUCUCGCCUCCGUUUCGGUUCGGCACCGUCCCAAAUGGGAGCACGGAGAGAAACAUCAGGAACAACUAUCCAGAAAUGCACGGCUACAUGACAAAGUUCCAUCAAAGAAACGUCAACGAGGCUCUGCAGAGUCUCAAGGCUGGCAAACUAGACGCUUUCAUUUACGACGCGGCCGUACUGAACUACAUGGCCGGCAGGGACGAGGGCUGCAAGCUGGUGACCAUCGGCAGCGGCUACAUCUUCGCCACCACGGGCUACGGCAUCGCCAUCCAGAAGGAGUCGCUCUGGAAGAGACAUGUGGACCUGGCCAUCCUGCAGCUCUUUGGAGACGGUGAGAUGGAGGAGCUGGAGUCCCUGUGGCUGACGGGGAUCUGCCACCACGAGAAGAACGAGGUGAUGUCCAGCCAGCUGGACGUGGACAACAUGGCGGGCGUCUUCUACAUGCUGGGCGCCGCCAUGGCUCUGUCGCUCAUCACCUUCAUCUGCGAGCACUGGUUCUACUGGCAGCUGCGCUUCUGCUUCAUGGGCGUCUGCUCCGGCCAGCCAGGCUUCGUCUUCUCCAUCAGCAGGGGUAUCUACAGCUGUAUCCACGGGGUGCAGAUCGAGGAGAAGAGCAGCUCAGCAUUGAACUCCCCAUCAGCCACCAUGAACAACACCCAUUCCAACAUCAUGCGCCUCUUACGCACCGCCAAGAACAUGGCCACCCUGUCAGGGGUGAACGGCUCACCCCACAGCGCUCUGGACUUCAUCCGCCGUGAAUCAUCUGUUUAUGACAUCUCUGAACACCGCCGCAGCUUGGCGGGCCACUCGGACUGCAAGCCACCAUACCUACCGGAAGACAACAUGUUCAGCGACUACAUCAGCGAGGUGGAGAGGACGUUUGGCAACCUCCACCUAAAGGAUAGCAAUCUGUACCAGGACCACUACCUGCACCACCAUGGCUCAACGCUGGGGCUCAGCGGACCUCCUCCCAACAGGCCCCACAGCUUGGGCAGUGCUAGUUCCCUGGAGGGUGGCAUGUUCGACUGUGACAGUCUGGGUGGAGGGGUGGCGCCAAUUUUCACCACACAGCCCUGCUCAGCGCUGACCCACAGGAACAUGAGCAAGUUUGACCUGCUGUCUGGACAGACUCCUCCCCCAAGCCAGGGCUUCAAGGGAGGCCUGCCGGACCUGUACGGGAAGUUCUCCUUCAAGGGGGGCGCCUCAAGUUCCACAUUUAUCCCUGGGCACGGCUACUGUGGAGGGAGAGGAGAGGACGACGGGAAUAUCCGCUCAGAUGUCUCGGACAUUUCCACGCACACAGUAACUUAUGGAAACCUUGAAGGUAAUGCCAAGAAGCGCAAACAAUACCGUGAUAGCCUGAAAAAGAGGCCGGCCUCUGCCAAGUCCAGACGGGAGCUGGAUGAGAUCGAGCUGGGCUACAGGAGGAAACCAUACCACAUCAGCCACCACCACUACCACGGCCACCGCUCUUCCUCCCCACCGCUUCUCCCCACUGAACGGAAGAGAGGAGGAGGAGGAGGUGGAGGAGGUGUAGGGGGAGGAGGAGGAAACAACGAUGGGAACUAUCUCUUCAGAGAAAAGGAGAGCGUUAGGGAUUUUUAUUUGGACCAGUUUCGGCCCAAAGAGGGCGUCCCUCAGUGGGAGCAUGUGGACCUGACGGAGGGCCCUGGGAGUAGAGAUGGAGGAGUGGGAGCCUGCACCAGCCUGGUUCCAGUGGACGACUUUCUGAAGAGCAAACCCAAAAAGUCAGAUUCAAAGAGUGGCGGAGGAUCUGGGCUGGCAGGGGGAGAGUGGGAGUGCAGGAACUGUCGGGCUAGUGGGGGAGGAGUGGGCAAGCAGAUGUCCAUGCACGGAGGAGGAGGUGGUGGAUACGGUGGUAUGAGCUGCGGGUCCUCUGGAGGCGGAGGAAACAGCCGCCCCAGCUCUGCGACUUGCAUGCGCUGCGAGGGCUGUAAAAAGACAGGAAACCUCUACGAUAUCAGCGAGGACAACAACCACCUCUUGGAACAGAUGGGGGGAGGGAAAGGUGGGGGAGGCGGAGGAAUGGGCGCAGGCCCUCAGUCUCAAUCUCAGGGCCAGCAAAGGAGAAAGGGUGGAUUCGGCAAACCACUGAGGCGGCAGCACUCGUACGAUGCAUUUGUUGACCUUCAAAAAGAGGAGUCAGGUGGGAUGGGAAGUUUGAUGGGAGGCCUGGGAGGCGGUGGAGGGAUGGGUGGUCCAGGUAUGGGAGGGAUGCUGCCCCCACCCAGGAGUGUUAGCUUGAAGGAGAAAGAACGCUACAUGGAGGGCACCAGCCCCUUCGCACACAUAUUUGAGCGACAUGGGGGCUCGGAGAGAGAAAGGGAGAGAGACAGGGACCCGCUGUUUUACGGAGGUGAGGGUCGGAAAGGACCCGGCUCGCCAUUCGGCCUGUUUAGAGGCGGCGAAGGCCUCCACCGCCGCUCCUUUGGAGAGAGAGACAUGAGAGACAGGGACAGGUCUUUGAUGGAAGGAGGGGGUGGUGGAGGGUUCUCUUUAUCCAAAUCUCUUUACCCCGACAGGGUAAACCAAAACCCCUUUAUACCCACCUUUGGCGACGACCAGUGUCUGAUGCACGGAGCCAAACAGUAUUACAUGAAAAAGCAACAGCAGCAGCAGCAGCAGCAGCAGCAGCAGCAGCAACAAGUUGCCAAAAACAGCCGAAGUGACUUCAGGAGCCAGAUGAGCACGACGUCAUAUCUGCCGGCGUCCGCCACAGCCGGGGUGAUCUCCAACGUGGCCCCCCGGUUCCCGAAAGAGCUCAGCCUUGGUGGAAUGAACCACCACGGCUCCAUGCUGGGGGUCGGCCCCCCGCGUCCCUUCAAUGGAAGCAAUGGCCAUGUGUACGAGAAACUCUCCAGCAUUGAGUCUGACGUGUGAGAGAUUUUAAAAAAGGGGGAGGAGGAGCUGACGAUGGCAAGGGACGAGGAGGGGAGGAAUAGAGGCGUGUAGUGUUAGGAGAUCAGGGAUGAUUUUAAAGACACUGUCCACACACUGCAACCCUAGCCCAUAUUGGGACAGCACGAUGAGGUAAGAGAGGAGAGAACGGUGAAAUAGACAAAUAAGGGGGAAAUAUCUUGAUUUUGCAAAAAAAAAUGGGUAAAAAAUCAGGACACCCUGAGGAGGUGUGGGAUGUUAACCCCUCUCUCAGAAACGGCCAAAGCUACUCUACUUUUAUGUCCAAACACAGUCAAUCAACAUUCCCCUCAACAUCACAAAAGCGCUCGACUCCAACAAGUCCAUCAUUUCAUCCACCAGCGAGGCAGAAGUCAAUGUACUUGGUUAUUAUCGCAAAGAGGCGACAGCUCAUCUGAGUUUGAUAUUGGACGUGUGAGCCUGGUGCGAUGUGAUGGCUGUCUGAGAGCUCCCGCUGAGUGCUUCUGAGGAAAAAAAGACUUGCGAGAGCGGACUGCCCAUCUGCCCCUGUGUCACCGCAGAAAGGAGACAUUGUCACGAUUACCGAGAGCCGCGACACAGGAGAUGACGAGUGCUUCUCUUCUCUGGAAGGAGACAGCCCGGUCUGUCCAUGUCCUCUCCCCGUCCCACUCUUCUCCCCUUCCUCUCGGCCCCCCGCUCCUCCUCCUCCUCCUCAUCCCUGACGCCAAAAGAGCUGAUCUUGUUUGCUAUGAGAAAUACAAUCAUGAAUGAUAAUAAGAUAUUCUUAUAGAAAAAAACAGGGUAUACGAACAACAAUAAUAUUGAUAACAUUGUGAAUAACAAAGAUGUUAGUGCUGAUUAUGAUAACACUGCUUAUGAUAUCACUAAGUUUUUCUUGUUUUAUGUUCUGUUGGUAUAAUAUUUCACUACUGUUUUAGUAUCUGUAGUUGUAUCCUGUCUGCCCCGGGUGGCAGCAGGAAGGUUGUUUAACCAACAAGCCAGAAAGACUGAGUCCUUAACUCCUUAUUUUUCUGUUUUCUGUAGAAUAUUUUACUCCAUUCUCAUACAUUUAUUUGCUCCUUGUGGAAAAUCCAGGAUCUGGAAGACACGUUUAGAGCUGACAAAUCCUCAUUUGAUGUUUCAAGACAUUACAAAUCAAGUGCACACACACACUUAAACACAUGCAGAUUUUGUCGGUCUGAACUUGUGUUACUGUGAACGACGCAUUUUUGUCCGAAGCUGAAGAUACUGAGAGGAAGGACGUGCCUUAAUGGUCUCCAGUGGAUGUGUCCUCCGCACCAGGCAGCACCGGGACGAACCGGCGUGCUUUUAGGCUGCUCUGCGUUUCUCUUCACAUUUAUGAGCCAAAACUGCAGUGGAAAUUUACAGCAGGCUUAAGACGCUGCAGCUGAUGGUUUAGAUACAAGAGAAGAUGUUUUAUAACUUCGUAAAAUAAUUUCAUAUGUCAAAUGUGGGCAGCGCUUUACCAACCAGAUGUAAUCAGGAUGUCACGGAUAGACUGACGCGUCUCACUUCACAACACGGCAGCCUUUAGACCACUUCUUUUAUUCAGGUUACAUGAUCACCAGGCACUCACUUUUUUUCAGCCUCUCACCAGUAUCUUGUAGAAGGCGUUACUUUUCACGUAAGCGGUUCAAGAGGCGCACACAGAAAGCUUUGUUUGUACAUUGUGUAUGAUUAAUAUAUGCACUGCUGUUUAUGUUGGCGAAAUGCAACAAAAUGUGUAGGAGUAAGUAUUGUUGCCCCGUGACAAUGAUGCCGAUUAAAGCUUGAACUGAGGAGGGUGUCUAUUUGAGAGCGCCACUUAAAGGGGACCUAUUACGCUUUUCCUUAAUUUCUGUCAUAUAUAAUAAUGUUACAUUUUUUUCUCAAACAUGGCCAGAGUUUUAAAUGAUGUGGUAAAAGUAUGUUAAAGUAAUCCCUACAAGAGAAAACUUCAGGUUAUCAACCAUUCUGAACGCUCCAUUUCCAACACUUUUUUCUACUCAUAACCCAAGCUGAUGUAAGCUUAUUACAAAUCUAGGCAUGCUGCUUUAGUGCCAUUAUAUACACUGUUACGUCUAGCUACAGGGAAACCUGUGAUCUUGAUUUCUCCCCAAUUUCAGUGCUGCUUGUAGCAGCGAGCUAAUGUAAGGGAAACUUAACUUUUUUUUUAUCUUGGUUGCAGUUGUUUCUAAUUCCUCCCCAAUUUCAGAUACAUUUUAAUGACAUUAAGUGCAGCUGUUAUUCUACUGCUACAUGCUAACAUAAGGAAAACCUGUAAUCUCAAUUGCCAAUAUUGUUAAUUUCCCCCCAAAUUCUGUAUCAGGUUCCUGCUAGACCAUGGUGUAGUUUUUGGUUUACAAGCUUUCAUUUAUGAUUUAUCUACGGAAAAUUGCUACUGCUUUUCUCCAUUACAGUAAUUCUACUGCUACGUGUAGCUACAUGCUAACAUAAGGAAAACCUGUAAUCUUUUUUUCUCCCCAAUUUUAGUGCUGCUGCUUUACUCCGUUACAGUCAUUCUACUGCUACAUGUAGCAACGUGCUAUUGUAAGGGAAACCUGUUAUCUUGGAUGCAGUUGGUUCUAAUUUCUCCCCAAUUUUAAGAUACAUUUUCACAGCAAAAAGUGCAGCUGCUAUACUCUGUUACAGUCAUUCUACUGCUACAUGUAGCUACAUGCCAACAUAAGGAAAACCUGAAAUCUUGAUUUCCGAUAUUUUGUUCAUUUCUGCCCAAUUUUAGAUCAUAUUGUGUUUGAUUGUGUCAUUUUUUUAUGCCUAGAAGCUUUUAUUUGUGAUUUUCCAAGGCAAAAAGUACCGCUGCUCUCCUCAGUUAGUCUUUCCCCUGCUACAUGUAGCUACAUGCUAACAUCAAGGAAACCUGUAAUGUUGUUUGCAAACGUUGGGAUUUUCUCCCCAAGUCCAGCUCACAUUCAUGUUGGAAUUUUGUUAAUGGUUUGAAACCUUUAUUGCUUAUUUUUUCUUGAAGUGCCACUUUAAUCCCUUACAGUCAUUCCCCCUGGCUGCAAUGACGGUACUUAGACGGCUAGACCCAGAAACGCUGAACAAACAGAGCUGGACUUUUUCAGAAGGGGCACUUGAAGAGACAGACACUAAAACAGAGCGUCUUAGAAGUGCAGCACCCAUGGGCAGUAUGAGAAAAUUAGUGUUUUUUAACUUUAAAGCAUGUAAACAUGUUGUAGAAACCAACCCAAAGUACAAGUAUGAACCUGAAAAAGAGCAUAAUAGGUCCCCUUUAAAGACUGGCGGAGGCGUCCAUCUUGCAAAAGCUUUUCCGGCUUUUUACUUUGACUGAUGUAGAUAGUCUUUCUAGCUGAAGAGGCCUCAUUUAUUGCACAGGACCUUUUACUCAGAGUAGGCACUCAGUAGACAUGCCUUAUCAUCCCAUCGCCCCCACCCCCUAUCCAGAGCUGUCUGAUGAUGACUCAUCAUAUUACUGUACAGAAUAAAGAAGCCUCUAUUAGUUAUUUAAAGGUUUGAUCUUCGAUUAGCUGGAGGUGUCAGAAGUUCAAGGGCUGCGGGAGAUUGCGCAGGGAGCUGCUGAAAUGUGAAGAGUGUGAACUUUGUCAUUGCGGACUUCUAUCUUAUACCCUAAUCUAAAUGCACCAAUGUAAAAGGUUGGCGUGCGUGUAUGUGUGUGUGAGUGUGAGUGUGUGUGUGUGUGUGUGUGGAGGGAAGCGAAUCACGACGGAAUGAUAACAGCUGUUUUUUCCUCCACUAACCUGCUGAUAACUAUUCAUAAGUUCCACGGCCUCCCCUCCUCCCCUCGCUCCACAGAUAACACUGUCAAAGUGAGACUGAUCGAGUUAGCCUUAAAUCAAACAGAUCCAUCCACCAACCCUCCCCCCCUCCCCCAUGACUCUCCUAAUAAAUAGAUUGGGAUCUCUGGAAUUUUUAUAUACGCACACAUUUUGAAAGAUCAGGUCAACCAUUAUCAGCAAGACGGUUAUAAGACGGAGAACAGGAAAUGGUGAGGAAAUAAGAAAGAGCUGAAGAGAGACUUUGGAGUGGGCAUCAAUCAGUGUCAGCAUUUGUACGUUCAAUCUUUUCCUUGUAAAUAAUAUAUUUAAAACUCUUUUCACUUUGUACAGUAAACAGACAGACAGGAUGUAACUUUCAAUAUGUUUUACAGCAAUUUAAGAAAUAAACAAAACAAUAAUAAAAACACAUAAAAAGAAAAAAUACAUGAACAAAAAUAUGCAAAAUAUAGUUAAGACACAGAUAUUACUAAUCAUAAGUGAUAUAAUUGAACCUCUCUUUCUUUCAAUCUCAUGUUUACUUAAUUAUGAUAGUUUACCAAUCAGUAUACUGAUUAUGUUAAGACUUAUGCUUUUUCAUAUUUUCACUAAAGUGUUGGAAAUCGAGGAUAAUUUACUGUAGGUGUAGACGUUUGGUGAUAAAAAGGGGAAAGUUUAGUUUUAGGAGUCUUUGCUAAGUUUCCCUUGAAUUGUGUUAGAUUCUCUCUUUUUAAGGUAAGCUCUUCUUCAUGCUUUUUGAGAUAAAUUCAAUUAUCUACACAUUUAUGGAAUACAAUAUUACAUGUAUACAUAGAUGAUAUUUGCAUAUAGAGGCAGUAUAUUGUGAUCCUUCAUUUUUAAGCAGCAAUCCUUGUUAAAAAUUUACAAGAUAUUUGUGUUUUUUGUUGCCCGUUUUUUUGACCUGGGCUCUAACGGUGAUUGCACACAGAAUUCAGAGCCAUCGUCGGCCCGGCCUAUCCCGUUCCCUCUCUGCGUUUGGGAUAGACAUCACUGUGGUAAAGGAACACACAUGCACACACACAUAUAAACACACACACUAAUACGCGCUGGACAUUCCCCAGUGUUGAUGUUGUUAAUAUUGCUGAGGAUUUUCAGCACAAUAUUGUGGAAAAACCAAGAGUGAGUGUAGUUUCAUCUUAUUGAGGAGCUGAAAUGCAUUUGUGCAACCCCUUAUUAAAAGGUGCAACCUUUGUUCUGUCAUGUCUCAUUUUAUGUUGAGUUUUGCUUCAGGGGGAAUCUGAACAACGGCUGUUGUUAUAUUUUAGCUCACAUAUUACUAAACUGUGUUAUUUGACAGCUGGAAACACUUAAAAGCUUUGGAUUCUAAUUUAUAUUUGUACAACUUUGUGCACUGCUUGUUUCUCCGUACGAGACGGGAAAUAUAAUUUGUAAUUUGUUGUGUGAACAUAUGCAAUUUUGUCCCUGUGUCAGAAAUUAUUUCCCCCGCUCUUCUUCUGUAUGGUACUGAUUCCAAUAAGUCUCUAUAAUCUUCGCCCCAGCCCUGAGAGAAGAAAUUCAUCUCUCUUCUGUUUUUCUCCUCAACUGUUUUUAUGUCUAGAGGGUUGAUUGAAAAGUGAAAAAUGUAUCCGUGUGCACGUAAACUCUGUCAGUUUGCAUAUUUUUCAUACAAGCCACCACGUUCCUUCUCCUCAUUUGCAAUAAACAGGAUGACCAAACAGAAAAAAAGCUCUCACUGUAAACUAAAUGUGCCAAUUCAUCACUUCCUGUGUUUUUUUUAACGCAUUAGAAGGGCCAAUUUCCAGCUGCUGGUUUUGGAAGUCAAGGUGCACCUGACACUGUGGUAAACAUGCUAUCAUCAGGCCUUUACCACCUCCAGCUGCUCUGCUCUGCAGCCAGCAUGCGCAGGUCGAGCAGUGAUGCAGAGUAAGCACGGCUCGUCACAAGUCUUUAUUUCCCUCACGGCCAAAUUGGUCCCGGGCUAACUUCUCUGCACACGAGCAUGCCACAACACAUUUGUUCAAAAGGGUCAUGUUGAGCAAAAACACUGUGUCACUUUUUUUUUUUACAACACAAGAAAUGGCUGUGGCAAGUGUAGUGAGGCUGGAACAUCCUGAUGUUGGAGGAUGUAAUAUCACCUCAGCUGACGUGUGUUUUUCUGUCAGGGAUACUGACACAUGGGACCAAAUAAGAGCAUGACGCGGUCGGCUACAGGGAUCGAUGUACCGGUUAAACUGAAAAAUGUAUUUUUUGCAUUUUGUGUUGUGCAGGAAAGGUGUUUGACAUCAUAUUUCUCACAUCAGUUGUUGCUAAUCACAUUUUUUAAAUCAGCAAGUCACAUUUCGAUAUGAAGAAUUAUACUGUGAUAUUAUAUGAUUGAUUUAUUGUGAAGGUCCAUGUAAUUUAGCUGCUUAUAAUUUUCCAGUUCACCCUAAUUUAUUGCAUUACUCAUAUUUUAAAUCUUUGUGUAUGUGUAUUAAUAUGUAUUGAUAUUGCUUUAUAUUGAUGCAUACAAAUUUUUCAAUUAAAUUG